AUGGGCUUCUUGGUCGCCUUUGUUCUUGCCGUGGCCUCGGUCGCCCAGGCGACCUUUUGGAUGGCCGACAUCCAGCACCGCGGCCGCGCCUCGUUCAACCCAGACAAGAGCUACGCCGUCUUUAGGAACGUCCAGGACUUUGGCGCCAGAGGUGAUGGAGUCGCCGACGACACCGCGGCCGUCAACGCAGCCAUCAGCUCAGGCAGUCGCUGCGGUGGCGGCUAUUCGUGCGUCGGAUCUACCUUGACGCCUGCCGUUGUUUACUUCCCGCCCGGCACGUAUCUCAUCAGCAACCCCAUAGUCGACUAUUAUUACACCCAGAUCAUCGGCGACCCUAACGACAUGCCCGUCCUCAAAGGAACCUCGAGCUUUCCGUCUACUGCAAAUGGGCUCCUGGAUGCCGACCCCUAUCUGGACAACGGCUUCCUCAACUUCAAGAGCACAGAUGUCUUCUUCAGGCAAGUCCGCAAUCUGGUCUUUGACACGACCGACAUCCCCGGCACGGUAAAUGCUAUCCACUGGCCGUCGGCCCAGGCAACAUCGAUCCAGAACUGCGUGUUCAGGCUCUCGACCCGGCCGGGGAACAACCACACGGGCAUAUUCAUGGAAGAGGGCAGCGGCGGGCUGAUGAACGAUCUCGUCUUCUACGGCGGCGAGUACGGCGCCCGCUUCGGCAACCAGCAGUACACGAUGCGGAACCUGACCUUUUACGGGUCGAGGACGGCAAUCCUGCAGAUCUGGAACUGGGGCUGGACCUACAAAUCGCUCAACUUCAUCAACUGCGACGUCGGCAUCAACAUGUCGACCACCGAUGUCGGGUCUAUUACCCUGCUCGACAGCAAGUUCAUCAACGUCUCAAAGGCGCUGGUCACUGGACGCAACCCCGGCAACACCACCGGCAGGGGCUCGCUGAUGGUCGAAAAUGUGGAAUACACAUUUGUUCCCACCGUCCUUGAAGGGCCGGGCGAGCAGGUCCUCCUUCUUGGAGAUCCAUCCGGCACCGUCUACGACUUGGGCUAUGCUAGGGGCAAUCUUUACGCACCGCAAGGUCCGGAACUCUUCGAGGGCCGCAACCCCAGCUACUUCUACCAGCCGCCAUCCCUCAAGGUCGGAAACAAGUAUUAUGAAAGGUCCAAGCCCCAGUACGAAUCGCACCCGGCGUCAGCUUUUCUGUCGGCACGGGGCUUCGGUGCGGCUGGAGACGGGGUGACGGACGAUACUGCGGCCCUAAACAGCCUCUUCCUGGCCGUGUCAACUAACAACUCAGCCAUUGCGUUUCUUGAUGCCGGAUUCUACAAAGUGAGCGACACUGUCUACGUACCCGCAAACACCCGCAUCGUCGGCGAGGCUCUAGCGGCCGUGAUAAUGGGAACUGGGGCGAAGUACUCGGACUCGAACAGCCCAUACCCUGUGGUGAAGAUCGGCAUGCCCGGCGAGAUAGGAUGGGUGGAAAUGAGCGACAUCAUCGUGUCGACGCAGGGAGCAGCCGCAGGGGCCGUGUUGGUCGAAUAUAACCUCAACACGCCAGCUGCAGGAGCGAAUGAAUGCAGCGCCGGCGGCCGGCCCUCGGGUCUCUGGGACGUGCACGUCCGCGUCGGAGGCUUCGCGGGCUCGGGGCUGCAGCUGGCCGACUGUCCUACGACGCCCGAAAAGACCAACUUUGUCGACCUCGACUGCGUCGCCGCGUACAUGAGCGUCCACAUCACCAAGACGGCGGCGAAUCUCUACGUCGAGAACAGCUGGCUGUGGGUGGCCGACCACGACCUCGAGGAUUAUAAUAGCACACAGAUUAGCGUGUUUGCCGGUCGCGGCCUGCUGGUCGAGGGCAGCCGCGUCUGGCUGGUCGCCACCGCCGUCGAGCACCACGCCCUUUAUCAGUACCAACUGGUCAACGCGUCCGACGUCUGGAUGGGCCAGAUCCAGACCGAGACCCCCUACUACCAGCCCAACCCCCCCGCGCCCAACCCCUUCUACCAGCGCAACACGGACCUCUGGGACCCCGACUUUGACGUCGACUGCCGCGGGUACACGGAGUACGACGGCUCUGACAUUGCGGCCGCCGCAGCCGCCGCCGCACCCACUGGCCCGCCGCCGCCGUGCGCCAUGGCCUGGGGCCUGCGCGUGCUGGGGUCGCGCAACGUGGUCGUGUUCGGCGCCGGCCUGUACAGCUUCUUCCACAACUACAACACGACGUGCAGCACCACCGCCUCGGGCGAGAGCUGCCAGGCGCGCAUUUUUUCUGUGGGCCCGUUCCCCGUCGAGGUCACCGUGUCCGAGACGGGGUCUGAGAGUGGCGACAAUGCGACGGCCACGGCGGUCGUCGUCGAGCGCGACUCGGCCGCCGUCGGCGUCUACAACCUCAACACGGUCGGCAGCGUCAGCAUGGUCACGCGCGAGGGCGCCGACUUGGCGUUUUGGCACGAGAACUUUGCCACGUUUGCGAGCACUCUGGCUGUGUUUCGGUUUUGA